UAAAAUAAAACAAUUGGGAUUAAAAUUGAACUUUGGGUUUGAAUAUGAAAACGUCCUGAAACACGUGCUUCUGUUUGAAUUGGAAAUACCACCAACCAAAAAGUACCAUGGUGCUACCAUAAGUAAUGCCAUGUAAAUGAAGGUCUCAACAGUUGGCCUGCUGUGAAUUUGUGCGUCUGACACACAGAAAGCCUAAAGUCAUCAUUCUUUGUACCAUGGAGAGGACGAGAAAGAUAGAGUUUAUCCGCAGCGGUUUGUGUUGGUAAACGUCCCAGUCAACAGCAGCUAUGGGUGAAAUGGAAAAGAUGAAAAAGGAGGCAGAAGGCCUGAAGACACAGAUCGAGGCGGCUCGCAAAGCAGUCAAUGACACAGACAUGGCAGCGGUCGCAGCUGGGGUGGCCCCGGCCCCUCGCGUUCAACUCAAAACCAGACGGACACUGAAAGGCCACCUGGCCAAAAUCUAUGCCAUGCACUGGGCUACAGACAACAGGCUAAUGGUCAGUGCAUCACAGGAUGGCAAGCUUAUUAUUUGGGACUCUCACUCUGGUAAUAAGAUCAAUGCUGUUCCCCUCAAGUCCUCAUGGGUAAUGACCUGCGCUUAUGCUCCGUCUGGAAACCUUGUGGCCAGCGGUGGUCUUGACAACAUGUGUACCGUCUACAACCUGAAGACACCAGUCGUCAAAACCGUAAAAGAAUUGGAUGCCCACACAGGCUACUUGUCCUGUGCACGCUUCCUUAGUGACAAUGAGAUCCUGACCGCAUCUGGUGACACAACAUGUGCAUUGUGGGAUAUAGAGUCUGGAAAGCAAAAGACAGUGUUUCUGAACCAUGUCGGUGACUGCAUGUGUCUGUCCAUGUCUCCGGACAUGAACACAUUCGUUUCUGGUGCUUGUGACUCUCUGGCCAAGCUGUGGGACAUCAGAGAUGGCCAAUGCAAGCAAACCUUUCAGGGUCACACUAGUGACAUCAACGCCAUUUCAUAUUUUCCAAAUGGAACUUCAUUCAUUACUGGCUCAGAUGACUGCACAUGCAAGAUGUAUGACAUUCGCUCUGAUCAAGAAGUCAUCUGCUAUCAGGAUGCUCAGCUGAACAGCGGUGUGACAUCAGUGGCUCUGUCCAUGUCCGGCCGUCUCAUCUUUGCUGGCUAUGAUGAUUUCAACUGCAAUAUCUGGGACUCGCUAAAGGGCGAGAAAGUUGGAGUGUUGUCUGGCCAUGACAACCGGGUGAGCUGCACUGGAGUACCAGGGGAUGGCAUGUGUGUUUGCACCGGCUCAUGGGACAGUUUCCUGAAGAUCUGGAACUGAGUUGCACACUGAACCCAGAUCAGCUGAGAAAGAUGUGGCGAAAAUUAAGUGAGAGGAUCAGGAAGGAAAAUAGUUAAUUUUCAGGGAACUGAGACUCUUUCUAUCUCACACAAACACAUAAACAUCUACCUGUGAGUGUAUAUUAAAGACUGGAUCUUAUUAGAGUAUGUAAGUGGAAUACAACAAUCAAGAAGUCUGCAUAAUUAUUAUCACAACAUGGUAAUCUCAUAGUAAAGAAGUCACGGGACCUGACCUGAACUUAUAGUAUUUUGACUUCUUAAAAGUACACAGAAUGAAAUCAAAUAACCAUUUAAGAAUUUAAAAUAAAGUUUUUUGUCUGUUUAAAAUCCUCUAUGAUUAGAUGAAAGAUUAUGUAAGGAAUAAUUGACGACGGCCAGUGAAUUAUUCAAAAAUAAUGCACAUCCAAUGCGGCACGAGGGUGUGCAUUAUUUUCUAAUAAUUCAAAGUACCAGAGUCAAAUAUUUUGCUUAUACCACGAUUACCACAAAAAAAUUUGCUCUAGUGGUUAUUUUAAGACAUUUGACAAGUUAGGUGUGCAUUUUAUAGAAACAUAAUCAACACCCAUGGAACGUUUCUCAACCAAUCAGAAAAAAGCAUUCAACAGCCCCGUGGUAUAAAUGAAAAUUAAUGUAUAUUUUUGUUUUUAGAAGCUAUGGUAGAAUGCAGAGAAAUUGUACAGUGUGUUUAUUUUUCCCCCCCAAUAACCACACUGACUGAUGUUAUGGCUCUUUGAUGAUGUUGGCAAACAUGGAUAUGAUUUCUGGCAAAC